CCAUGUCGUCCGACUUGGCCGGCUACGAGCAGGACCUGGCCGUGCUCACGGCCGACAUCGUCGGCAAGAUCGGCAGGGUCCCCAAGCUCCCGCCCGAUGAGAAGAAACAAAUGGUUGCAAGUGUGGAAAAACAGCUAGAGGAAGCAAAGGAACUGCUCGAACAGAUGGACCUCGAAGUCCGAGAGAUCCCUCCUCAAAGUCGAGGGAUGUACGCCAGCAGAAUGAGGAGCUACAAGCAAGAAAUGGCAAAGCUCGAAACAGAUUUUAAAAGGUCACGGAUCGCCUACAGUGACGAAGUGCGGAAUGAGCUUCUGGGGGAUGUUGGGAAUUCCUCGGAGAACCAGUUGAUAAAAUUACGCGAAGAGAGGGCACAUCUGCUCGAUAACACAGAGAGGCUGGAAAGGUCAUCUCGGAGACUAGAGGCUGGAUACCAAAUAGCAGUGGAAACCGAGCAGAUUGGUCAGGAGAUGUUGGAAAACCUCAAUCAUGACCGAGAAAAGAUACAGCGAGCUCGUGAUAGGCUUCGAGAAACAGAUGCCAAUUUAGGGAGGAGUUCCAGGAUUCUAACAGGAUUGUUGAGAAGGUAAGAACAAGGAUCAUCCAGAACCGGAUUUUGAUAGUUGUCCUGGCAGUCGUCGUCGUCUUCACCAUCCUGAUGGCUAUUUAUUUGUCUGUCAGAGGACACUGAUAGACCUGCUCUUCCCUGAUAAGCAGCAAGAAACUCCUUGUUCUAAGUAAUUAAGACAAAGUGGUCACAUGAAUCAUUCUCUUGCACUGACAAAGAGUGUUCCCCUUCCUCUUCCCCUCCCCACCCCACCCUUUGCUGCUGUUCAACUUAGGUGCAAGAAGGGUAAAAACAUUUUCUAACGUUGAUUGCAUGUGGAUUGAAUUCCUUUCUUGUUUUUUCUUUACAAGAAUGAUUUUGGUAAGUUUAAUAUUUGUCUUUAAAGAUACUAAUGGGGUGAUGGGGGUCGGGGGAGGAUAGCUAUGUGGAAAUGGGAAUUUCUCCAGUUCCACCUGGCCUCUGCAAAUAUAGACGAUAAGUGGUUGGGAGCAGGGGAGAUGAGUUUUUUUAUGCUUCUGUUGGCUAGGUUGGAUGUCAAACUAUUUGACAGUUAUCUUGUCAUAUAUACCCUUCUGUGAUGUUGAAGAAUUCACUGAAAGAAGAGAUGAGAUGAUGAAGAAAGUAAAUCAUUCUCCUAUUGAGGAGGCCUGGUUCAUGAAGGGCCAUAAUAAAUGUAACAAAUACAUCUAAGUAGUUUGUUGAUUUGAAGGGCAGAUAUUUAUUGUCGGAUGUGCAGUAAAUUGACUUAGCACUCUCCCUGUUUUUCUAUUGAAUAUAUUUUUUUACUGAAAUCGUCUAAUUAAUAUCUGUCUUAACUUGCUUUCCUGCCUGUUAGAAACAUUUCUUCACACUCUAGGAAUUCGGAGAGAUCAGUUAUUUACUCGUCUGACAGUUCCUACACAUUUAAUUUUGACCAGGACAUUCAUAACCUAGUUAAUCGUUGUUUCAUUCCAUUUUUAAUAUGUGUACUGCCCAAAGCAGCCCUGUAUGUGUAAAAGGUCUGACAAGAUUAUCUUCAGAUCCAUUUCAGCAUGUAGAGAGAAUAUGAAUAUUUCAGCAAAAGAACAGGAUUCCAUUAGUGUUAAAUUUCCGACAUAACUGUAAAUGUGACAUCCUAUGGGAUGUGGAGCUUUAAAUAAAUGUUACCCAGAUUUUCUAUUGAUUUUCUUUAAAGUGGUUAGUGUAAAAUAAAAAAGGGUAGUUUGAGUUUUGUGUCUAACAAGUGUAUCAGAGCUUUUCUGAACUGAUUAUUUAUUCGUAACUAUAAUUGGCUUUAUGAUUGUUUUCCAAGUAGUCAUGAAUUGUGAUAGAACUUAGCUCACAUGUAGUCAUGCUUAAAGUUGUUCUAGAAAAGGUCAUUCUUCCAGCUGAGGCCAAAAGUGUUUCAUUACAAGUUGGAAACUCAUUGCAGGUACAGUAAUGCCCUUUUCAGUAGAAUUUGAAUUUGGGAAGCUUCAAUUCACUGAAAGCAAGUCCGUUCCCUCUUUUACACUGCUAUGUAUCCUACAACUUUUUUUAUUUUUAUCAACUCAGAAGAAGGCUAUCACGGUUUAAGAUGAAAUCCUUAUGGGAAAAUUCACCAAAGAAAUAGAGUAUCUGAACAGGUCUAAGCAGGCAUUUUUUUCAAAUAAAUAUUUUGGAAUUGGGUAAAUAAGGCCACAGCCUUUAUUUUUGUAAUGAUGGUAUGAGAAUAAGACUGGGGGAAGGGAGAACUUGCAGAGGGAAUAUAGACCUAUAUGUAUUUGCCUGUAGGGUUAUGAGAUCCAGCACACCAUCAGAUUUGGUUUUUUUGAGUUUUAAUGAAGACUCAAACCAUUGAGAAAACCCAGUGUCACGUCCUGUUCAGUUCACGUCCUGGAAGCAUUAGCAGCAACCAAGAGUAUAAUCCCACUCCCUGGUGGCUUCAUCAAAUGGAACAUUCCUAGCCAAACCGUAUGCAUGGUUGUGUCUUCCCCAAAUAGUCAUAGUUUACUGGAUCCAAAAUCUGUGAGCCGCAAAAGUGUGGCUAGAGCUUCUGUAGCCCUUCUGUUCUCAUUUGACUGGAACGAGAAGAAAUACCAUGGCUGCCAGUAUCACCCCAUUAACGGCUUUUGCCUUUCACCUGUAUUGGUGUCUGACUUUUUCCUUUUUUCUCAGAUGUAAUUUAGGCACCAGUGCUUGUUGGGAUCGAGGUGCUGUGAAAGUUAAGCAGACAUCUCAGUCCCGCCUAUUCCAUUUUGGGCCUCUCCUGUAAUGAAUCAUUGAUGCACGAAGGCAGAUUGGUUUUCAUGGAGGUGUGGAAAGAUGAGAUUUGAACUGUCCUCUCAACCCUCUAGUGUGACAGUGGGUAAGCGCCCAAGGAAACAAGAAGCAAAUGCCCUGAAGUAGGAAUAAUCAGUUCCUUUGGCCCUUACCCAAAAGUCACUCCCAGGUUCUCCUGAACCAGCUUGUUAUAUCUUAAGUUAGAUGUAGGAUCUGUUAAAAAAAAAAUUCAAAAUUCUCACAGAAAGUAAAACUGAAAGAAUCAGAUGUUUCUAAUGUUGUGAGCCUUUGUUAAAAAUAGUGAUUGUCAUGUAAAAGAUUGUGUGCCCAACGGUUUUACUGACAGAGUAAAUAAAACUAUUGCCACCCUGAGCCAAAAUCAAAAGCAAUUUAUUUAAAGACUCAAGUUUUAAAGAGUUUUAAAUGUUAUAUAUUGAGGGAAAUUAUCUGAAAAUGUUGUGUAACUGACGUCAAUUCUCAUAUCUUGGAUGGAAGUCCAUUUGCUAUUCUGUUUAAGCCAGGCUGGAUUGUCUUAUUUUGGAACUAGCUUGGUGGGGGGUUUUCUUUGCUGCUGCUUCAGAGCACUGAGCUUCAAAGGCUGAAAUUAAUGGUGAACAAAAUUGUGCAGCUUCGACCAUCCCACGCGGGGCAAACCCAUUGAGGGUUAUCAUUAAGUAAAGAAAUAGAAGGGGGAAAAAAACCUUCCAGCUCUGAAAAAAAAAAAAAACUCAUCAGAUAAUGACCUCAGUGAUUGGGUUUUCAUUACCAAACAGCAUCCAGAGAUUGUCUGCCCCAUAAAAAAGAAAAGAAAAGGCAACUGUCUUUCUCUCUUUCUCUUUCUCCUUUUUUUUUUGCACAUCUUUUCUUUAAAACUGUCAGAUCAUUUCAGUAUUUCAAAUCCGAGGAAAACAGCCUGCCUGCUGCUGUAUUUGAAGUUGUAAUGGUGUCAAAAAGUCACGACUGACUGACAGCCGUCAGUCCCAAAGGACCUCAUUAAAUCAUAAAAACUUGACAAGGAAAUAAUUGAGCAUCACUGGCAACUUGGCGCCUGUUUAGACGUUUUUAUUUUCUUUCAUUAUUAGUCCCCACCAUUACGUUCAUUAACAAAUUGCAUUAAGCAACUGUUAAGGGCUAAUGAUUUGUUUAUCGCUUUUUUAUUAUUAUUAUUUAAACACUAGCUGCAUCAUGUGGUACCUCAGUAGCCUCUUGCUAUCAUCUGACUGAAUAUUUUUUUUUCCACUCAGAGCUCUGGGUACUGUUGGAAUAUGAAAUAGAUUAUUCAUUACCCUCCUCUUUGCCACUGAUUUGGUUUCAUGUAGCGUCUUCCACAGAGAAAGAUGAAAACUUGUCAAAAAAUAGGUUAUAUCUUAUUCGAAGGGGCAACAAUAGCAGCAGGUACAGGCACACUUUAAUAUUUAAUUAAGGUUGAUGUUAACCCUUUUAAAUGACUUUAGCUGUAAGUUAUAUUCAAGUGCAAAAGAGAAAAAUAAUUGAACUUAAUUUGUAACCUAUACAGCAGACAUUCUUCUUGGGGUUACCAGAAAAAUUUAGAGCUUAAUUUAAAUAAUGAAAUUUCUGCUCAUAAAUAUUUAUACCUAUUUUUAUACAUAGUCACAAAUUAACUACUUUUAUACAUACCCGUGAUAAAAAAUCCCUUUUCUUUUUGUUUUGAGUUAGCAGAGUACAGGAAUAUAGUAAAAUCAUUCAGUCUGGAUAAGACUUAAUAGCUGUAUGAGUUAGGUGUAAAAGCCCUGAGAAAGUAAUUUAUUGAGGGAAAUUUAUGUGAUUAACAUUUUCAUGACUUAAUAAUCUGUUAAUUUUCAUGAAUGCAUAUUUAGAGGACUAUGAGCUGAACUUGAAAGUGCUAGAUUUUUAAAGAAAAUCUUCUGUUUUCAAUAACAUGUUGUGGGGAUUGAGUGAAUUUUAGCUGUCUGUAGAUAUUUUCCAAUAAUUGGUAACAAGAUGACCCCGAAUUCUGCUUUGACUUUUUGUGAUUUUGGUAUAGAAAUUUCCAUAAAUCAAUGCUCUAUAUUAUUUCAUUGGCCUGAAAAUAAAAAGCUUCAACUUCUUAGAUCACAAUGCA